UACCCAAUGAAAAUAAAGAGUAAACGAUUUCGCCGUAACUGUUUUAACCGACCCUUCGUUUCGACACGCCAUUGAAGAAAGGGCAUCAUGUUCCGUUCUUUGAUAGAAACUGCUCGGAGUAAUCCCCUGGCCAAACCGUUUUUCAACGAAGCAAACUGUCAAAGCAAAAACGAUGCUAAUGGGACAGGAAUGGCAGCAGCUGCGGCAGGAUCCGAAGAAGUAAGCUGUGAAUUUGGAUCCAACAAAUAUUAUGCCCUCUGCGGUUUUGGGGGUAUUCUCAGUUGCGGUAUUACACAUACAGCAGUGGUACCCCUCGAUCUCGUUAAGUGCCGUAUUCAGGUCAAUCCAGAGAAAUAUGGUGGCAUUGUAAAUGGAUUUAGGUUAACGGUCCAGGAAGGUGGACUGAAAGAAUUAUCCAAAGGAUGGGCCCCGACAGCCAUUGGUUACUCAGCACAAGGACUCUGCAAGUUUGGUUUCUAUGAAGUUUUCAAGAUUGUGUAUGGAAACCUUUUAGGAGAGGAAAAUACCUACUUGUGGAGGACAUCUUUGUAUCUGGCAGCCAGUGCAUCUGCUGAGUUCUUUGCAGAUAUUGCACUCUGCCCCAUGGAGGCCGUAAAAGUCAGAAUUCAGACGCAGCCAGGCUGGUCCUCAACUCUCCGAGAGGGAUUCCCACGAAUCCUCAAAGAAGAAGGAGUCAAUGGUUUCUAUAAGGGACUGGUUCCAUUGUGGGCACGACAAAUUCCAUACACCAUGAUGAAGUUUGCUUGUUUUGAAAGAACACUAGAAGCUCUGUACAAAUAUGUAGUGCCAAAAGCACGAUCAGACUGUAGCAAGGGAGAGCAGCUGUUGGUGACAUUCUCAGCUGGUUACAUUGCUGGUGUAUUCUGUGCUGUGGUGUCUCACCCCGCAGACACAAUCGUUUCCAAACUGAACAAUGACAAAGGAAGUACCUUUGUGCAGGCAGCAAAGCAGUUGGGACUUAGAGGAAUGUGGAAGGGACUUGGACCAAGGAUUAUCAUGAUUGGUACCUUGACCGCCCUGCAGUGGUUCAUCUAUGACUCAGUCAAGGUCUACUUCCGACUGCCCCGCCCACCACCGCCCGAGAUGCCCGAGUCUCUAAAGCGCAAGCUCAACGUUCAAUAAUGACAACUGAGUUCUAGGAUAUAAUUCAAUUUAAACAUUCAUAAGAAAGAGAAAAGCCAGUUUAGCCGAAUAUAUUUUUACCUAGUUUUGAAAAAAAGACAAUGCUUGAUAUUAAGUGUACAUUGAAUAUUUCUUGUUACAUUAACAUAUAAACAUCUGCUUUAAAAGGGGGGAAAGAAUAUUUCAUCAACAUUUUGUUUGUAGUGAGUUUGAUUAUGCUACAUUACAGAACUAUAUUUUAAAAAUUUUUUAAAUAUGAAGGGGAAGUGGUAGAAAUUGUGAUAUUGUGUGGAGUUUAAUUGCCGUCUUCCCCAGUACACUUUUGUUUAUACACAGUAUUUUGCCUUAACUUAUAUUCUGUAACAUGGCAGAUCUGUUUUUUGUAAGAAUUAUUUCAUUUACUUUCUCACCACAUAACUUUGUUGAUGUUUGACAGAGAAAAAUAAUAAACAUCAGAGUGAAAUAAAA